UUAAGGCGACUGCGCAGAACUGAAGAGCCGCAGCAGAGGAGUGUUCACACUUCACACAGCACCAACCUGACACCAUGGUCAAGAUGAGAACACCCCAACUCACAAUCUCCGCUGUCCAGAGAGGAAUUAUGUCUUUAACAUGAGGCACGUCUUAUAAAUGCAAACUGCAUGAUCAGCCUGGAAAAUCUGGGACGACUUUCAGCUCUUGGCCUGAAAGACAGUUGCGUUGAGCGUACGAUCCAACAACUAGGCAACCGAGAACACUUGUAUUCUUGUUUUGUUCGGAGAAAACCCCACAUGAUGAAAUUCAAGCCAAAUCAGACAAGGACAUAUGACGGAGAGGGCUUCAAAAAACGAGCAGCGUGUCUAUGUUUCAAGAACGAUCGGGAGGACGAGGUUUUGCUCGUUAGCAGCAGUCGACACCCAGAUCAGUGGAUCGUUCCAGGAGGAGGGAUGGAGCCAGAAGAGGAGCCUGGAGGAGCUGCGGUUCGAGAGGUUUAUGAGGAGGCUGGUGUGAGGGGUACCCUUGGCAGGCUACUGGGGGUGUUUGAGCAGAACCAGGACAGCAAGCAUCGGACAUAUGUGUAUGUGCUUACGGUUACAGAGACACUGGAAGACUGGGAGGACUCGGUCAAUAUUGGUCGUAAGCGGAAAUGGUUCAAGAUCGACGAGGCGAUCCGGGUGCUACAGUGCCACAAACCUGUCCACGCAGAGUAUCUCCGCAAACUCACUCCUCACUGCGGCCCCACAAACGGCAAUGCUCAGGAGCCGGAGAACACUGAUGACAACGCCCCCCUCCGCCAGACAGCCUCACAGGACUGUGAACUGGCCCGUUUGCACAGAUAGAACUGCCACUAGAGGGCACCGAUGCAAGGAAAACUAUCAUUGGAUUGGAAAAGACAGUUUUGCAUGUAUAAUUUCAAUGUUUACUAUUUGAAACUUUUUUUUUAAGUGUAGAAACCAAAGGCUUGUCGUGAAAUGCCUGCAAGUUUCCGGGUCAAUAAGAACAAGGAGAGUUGUUUUCAUAAUAUUUAAUUCGUAAACGUGCAUUUCAAGCCAAAUAAGGUAAAGUUAUUUGAAGAAGAGUGACGUCAAGUAAGCGCAGAUUAAUGGAGACGCGUGCCGUGAUGGACAUUUUAGAAAUAUUAUUUUACAGAUGCUUUAGGUGGAGGAAGAAAAUGUUGGAUGUGAAAAGGAUUGAUUGUUAUUUAGAAAGGAUAAAGGAUGGGUCUUUUUGAAAUGCUGUCUAUUUAUAUCUAAUAGAUAACUACUCUUAUAUGUUAGGUAUUGGGUAAAAUUCUUGAUAAAGAACCAAAUAGGGGCAAAACAUUAUCAUAAUCAUGAAUUAUAGAAUACGUAAAUAGUCUAAAAGAGGAUUUGGGCUACUUUUGGUUAUAUUAGAUGCCUUCAUCACAGAUAUCUACCUGUAAUAUAGGUUUAACAUGCUGUGAAGUUGAAGGUCUUUUCACAGUUUGGUCUUAAAUGUGAAUUUGCCACAUUAAGCGGUGCAAUGUGAUUACCCUUCUUUCUCUUUGCACAUAAAGGUUUAAUUUCCCAUCUCCUAUAAUUACUUCUGAGCCACUGUCUCUUUAAGACACAAUGGCAUUUGGUAAAAUGUGAGAAAAAAAAAAGAAAAAAAAAACCUAAGUCUGGUGUCAUUGGUCCAUGAAAGACUAUGUAAUGUUAUGCUGUUUAUAUUGCCUGAAGUGAUAUUCUGAAUAUUUCAGAAAAAGAAAAGGCAUAAACACCUAAUGUUAACCCUAAUACAUCUUGUCAAACCAGUUUUUUCUAAGGUCUGCAGAAAUGCAGUAUACAUUUAUUUUGAUUAUAGUAACAAUUCAGGCAUCAAUAGCUCAAUCUUGGGAGUUUAAAUAGCUGAGGAGGAAUUUUAUGUAAUUGUGCAUAAUGCUUUUCCUUUGAGGCCUUUGUAAUCUUCCACUGUUUUUUUUUUUUUUUCAGUGGGAUUUUUAUGUGGAAUUCACUGAACGGGAUGAAAUAUGUGGCCAAACUGUUUUAUUAAGACUGUAAAUGGUAAACAAGCAUACUUAUCUUUCUGCAGAGGGAAGAUUGCAUGUUAGGUUGUAAAUAUGUUUUAAUAUUAAAAAUGUCAGCUUC